UGCUGAGCCAGUGCUGCCUUAGGUGUGGAUCGCUCCCUCCACAAGUUGGAACCUGCGUGGCUCCGGGACGGCCGGGUGCCAGCGACCUCCGUGAUGGCGGCAGUGCGGGUGACUCGGGACGGGCGUCUCACCCCAGUCCCUUUCCGCCUCGCUGCAGAGCAGCACCUGCACGGGAAGCGCCUUCAUCUGUGUUAGCUCAGUGUUUCAGAGAAGGGAGCGCUCUUCCCAGAGCGGUGCCGUCUCUGCGCCCGACUUAUUCCAUUUUUUUUUACCAGGGUUCAUGUGCCCAAGAUCCUUGCACUCAUUUAUUAUAUAGGUAGACAGAUAAGCCAGAGAAAACCUCCCGCGAGUAUGUCGCUGGCGUGGCCGUCCUGCCAACGCAAAAUUAAGCCUAAAUUCAGUUGGCUUUUCCUGGGAAUCUGAGUGGACCCCCGAGAUGCCACUUCUCUGAAGAGGGGAACUGCAAUUGUGCUAGUGGCAGCUGAAAGAUGCCGACGGGUGUUUUGAGGGUCCCGUCUCCGCGUUGGUGGGGUGUUCCGUGCUUGGGGGCAGGGAGAAUGCCCUCUGCCCUCUGAGACUGCUCAUCAGAAAGGCACCCACGCUUCCAGUCGGGUGAGUGUGACACUCGCCACACGCCGUGCUGGGGAGGCGCAGGACCUGCAGGUUGAGGGGAGACCGCCAUGGACCGCCUGCUCCCUCACUACCUGCCCGUCUGCUGGCCCUGACCAGCUCCUGUGGUCACCGUCCAUGAGAAAGCCAGUGAGGGAGCCAGACCAGCGCUUGCCGCCCAACUCCAGACGCCCAGGCGGGGGAGGACCCCCGUAGGAGCCAUCCAGCAGCAGCAGGACCCCUGUCUCGGCAUUCUGCAGGCGCUCCCCAGCCAUGUCCUUCAGCGCUACCAUCCUCUUCUCCCCGCCCAGCGGCAGCGAGGCCCGGUGCUGUUGCUGUGCUUGCAAGAGCGAGGCCAGCAGCGGGGGCAGCUCGGGGUCGCAGGGCGGGAACCCCCCGGGCGGCACCCCCAUCACCGUCACGGGACACGGCCUCGCCGUGCAGAGCUCCGAGCAGCUGCUGCACAUCAUCUACCAGCGCGUGGACAAGGCCGUGGGCCUGGCCGAGGCCGCUCUGGGUCUGGCCAAGGCCAACAACGAACUGUUGAAAAGACUCCAGGAGGAAGUGGGGGAGCUGAAGCAAGGGAAAGCUCCGGCCCCCGAGGAAGAGGGGGACGAGCGGGCCCACCAUGGAUCCCCGCUGGACGAGCCCGGGCCGCUCAAGGAGAGCCCCGGGGCUCCCUGCAAGGCCGCGUCCACGGUGGAGGAGGAGUGUGACAGUGUGGGCAGCGGCGUCCAGGUGGUCAUCGAGGAGCUGAGGCAGCUGGGGGCAGCCUCAGCCGUAGGGCCAGGACCUCUGGGCUUCCCCGGUGCCCAGAGGGACCUGCGUCUCCCUGGGUGCCCUCUGGCUGCCAGCGACGGACCCCCACUGCUCAAUUCUUUGGUGGAUGACUAUGUGGCCUCUGAGGGCACAGUGCAGCGAGUGCUGGUCCCUGCUUAUGCCAAGCAGCUCUCGCCGGCCACCCAGCUGGCCAUCCAGCGGGCCACCUCAGAGACGGGGCCCGAAAAUGGCGCCAAGCUGGUGGUGCCUCGCCCCGAGGACAUGCUCACUGCUGCUGCUGUGCUGGACGGUGCCUUGGAAGAGUCAGGCCCUGGGGCACCCGGGGACCUGAGACACUCUCUCGGGUUCGCCAUGUCCCCCUGCAGGAACAGAGUGAGUGGGCAGAAGAACGCCAGGCGCAAGCGGGAUCUCGUACUGUCUAAAUUGGUCCACAAUGUGCAUAACCACAUCACCAAUGACAAGCGAUUCAAUGGGUCUGAAAGCAUCAAGUCCUCUUGGAAUAUUUCAGUAGUGAAGUUCCUUCUGGAGAAGCUCAAGCAGGAGCUGGUGACCAGUCCCCACAAUUACACUGAUAAGGAGCUGAAAGGAGCCUGUGUCGCCUACUUCCUUACCAAGAGGCGUGAGUACCGCAACUCCCUGAACCCCUUUAAAGGCCUAAAGGAAAAAGAGGAGAAGAAACUUCGAAGUCGCAGAUACCGGCUCUUUGCCAACCGGUCCAGUAUCAUGAGGCAUUUCGGACCCGAGGACCAGCGCCUGUGGAAGGACGUGACGGAAGAGCUGAUGUCGGACGAGGAGGACAGUCUGAAUGAGCCAGGAGUGUGGGUGGCGCGGCCGCCCCGAUUCCGGGCCCAGCGCCUCACAGAGCUCUGCUACCACCUGGACGCCAACUCGAAACACGGCACGAAGGCCAACCGCGUGUACGGGCCUCCCUCAGACCGACUGCCUUCGGCUGAGGCCCAGCUUCUCCCACCAGAACUCUAUAAUCCUAAUUUCCAAGAAGAAGAAGAUGAGGGAGGUGAAGAGAACGUACCCAUCUCCCCAUCUUUUGACUCCCCCCACAAAACCUGCUGUCCCGACUUGAACUCCUUCAUUGAAAUCAAGGUGGAGAAGGACGAGUGAGACCUGUGACCCCACCCAGUGGCGUGCCGUCCUGGCCUCACAUGGUGGCUGCUGUGGUCUGAGAAAGGAGCUCUGCCUCUCCUCAUACCCCAUGCAGGUGGGAGCCGGCAGUGCUGGUGGGAUGAAAGGGGGAUUUGAAAAAAAAAAAAAGGAGAAAAUAAAGGAUUUAUCUGGAAGAGAGAAAACUCCCCCUGCUGUGAAUGACAAACCAGAAA